UGAUUCUUUUUGUUUUGUUUUUUGUUGUUGUUUUACUUUGUUUGCCUUGGGCCAUGGACUUCGGUGAUAAUAUUGUCUACGAUGGGGAUAACGAAAGCAUUGUUCCUACGCUACGACCAACACGAAGCGAACAAAUGAGGCAGCUUUACGACCGGAUCAUGCCCAUCGAACCCACUUACGAUCCGAGUAUGUGUCGUGAUGAGUUUCUGCGAAAACUCUUCUCCGAACUGGAACUGCCCGAAGAGGUAGAGUCGAGGCGUCCAUCGAUGAGUUAUUCCACGAAAUCGAUUAGCUUACAUUCGAUGGAUUCGAAGGGCUCCCUACACCCCAACAUGUCGGUCUCCAGUUUCGUGAGGAAUAUGAACCAGCGACGAACGCACAGCAGAGCACUGAAGAGCAUCAGCACAACUGAUCUGACACUCGAUCGCUAUAAGCUGAGUGUAAUGACCGGUCAAUCGGAUCACUAUAAGGAGCUGUUGGAGUCUAUACAGCGCUCCUCGCUCUUCUUUAUGUUCUCGCGCAUCAUCGAUCGUCUGCGCAUCAUGCAUCGGUUUGCCAGCUCGUAUGGAGAUUUAAAUGAAUUGGAUGUUCCACAUAAGCUCUUCAACUGGUCAAUGGACGAUUUCCUGGUGCGCCGGGAGCUGCCUGAUUUCGUAUACCUUGAUGUGUUGGUACGCAACCACACAGCAGAGUCGCUCGACUGGGCCAAGUUCCGUGUGGAUAUUCUGGAGACGUUGCGGGUCUUCAAAUUCUUCUAUGCCGAGGUCUACAGGGGCACCCAUUAUCGCAGGAUGAUAGCCGUGCUGCUGGAAAGCAAACAGAUGCUGGCCAUAGACGAAGCCCUGGUCGAGGCUGUGACCCGAGCGCAUUUGCAGCAUGGUUUGCUCUCCAGCCGCAUGACUGAGGUUACGUGGAAUCUGUGGGAUUUGUAUAAGACGCGCAUAUCCGAAGACAUGCAAGCACGCACCAUGGAGGAGACGGUGCGCAGUCCAAUCGAGUGGCGCUACCUGCGCGACUACUACAAAGUCCUGGUCGACAUGGAGGAUAUGAAAAACAAUGCACGCACACAGCAGCUAAACAACGAGCUGUCGCAGCUCAGUCAAAGCAUUCUACGAAUAAGAGUUAGUUGGCACGCCAAGCUUAUCGCGUACUCGCAAAUCAUCGAUGACUACAGAGAGAAAUACGACGAUAUUUCCAGGCGUUAUGCGCAAGACAUGGAGCAGUGCACCAAUGACAUUAUUAGGACCAACUCGCGCCUGAACAAAGUUCGCGAUGACUAUAAGAGUGCGAAACAGCGGGUAGAAUUUAUGCGAGGCCGUGUGCAGGAGGUGAAGGAGCUAAUAGAGCAGGAACGGCAGGAGGAUAUCAAUCGCUUGAAAGCAGAGCAGAAUAGACGUGAGGCACUGGCAGCAGCCCUGGCGGCAGCGAAGCUGAAGCGAAAGUUGGCCAAACAGAGGAAUAGGCCGGGGGGCAAGCGGGCCAGGACGCAACCAACUGCUAGAAGGAGUGACAAUGAAAGCAUUCAGGAAAAUCUGAAACACUGAACAA